GUCAGGGCUCCUGGAUUAUACUCUCCCCGGAGCAUUUAGGAAACUGACUCGUACAGAAAUGCCCUGGCUUGUCUGCUCAACAACAGGCCGCUGGAGCACAUCUUCCGCUCUCUGUGCUGGCUUCCCGUAGAAUAUCCAGUCCAGAGCAAGGUCUUCAAAGCACUGCCAGGCCCAGGCCAUGUGGCUCUAUAACAUCGAAAGCUCCGGGAGGAAGCCUUUGGUGGACAGCUCUGCUCCUCUGGUCUGAAGGACUCUCGAUGAUAAGAGCAAAGCUGGUCCGGGUGUGGGGGGAGUCGUCUCUGAGAGUGGUCUGAGACUGCAGACUGAAUUCCCCCAGAAACUAUGGACUGUCACAAAACUCCCCACCAGCCAUUUCAAAUGCAAGGCGCAUUUCCUUGACCUGCUUUCGGUACACACACCAACGAAUACCUGUGUAUUAAAAGAAAAAAGACCCCCCCCUAUCAAAACCAGAUAGUCUGCUGCACGGUACUUCUCCGUCUGCGGAGAGGAGGAGAGAACAGCACGCGAUGGAUGUGAAGUCAUGGUGCACUGCUGGAAGGCACACUGAUACUAUGGCACAAGUGGCAUUUCUGCAGGGAGAGAGGAAGGGCCAGGAGAACCUCAAGACAGACCUUGUGCGCAGGAUAAAGAUGUUGGAGUAUGCCUUGAAGCAAGAGAGGUCAAAAUACCACAAGCUGAAGUUUGGAACAGAGCCGAACCAAGGGGAGAAGAGAGCGGAUCCGUCAGAGCCAGUUUCCAAUGGCCCAGCGGAAACGUCUUCACUGGAAAGCAACCCACUGGUGUGGAAAGAAGGGCGCCAGCUGCUCCGGCAGUACCUGGAAGAAGUGGGCUACACAGACACCAUCCUGGACAUGCGCUCCAAGCGAGUGCGCUCCCUGCUGGGCCGUUGCUCCGUGGAGCUGAACGGCGCCGUGGAGCCUAGCGCCGUGGGGCCGAGCCCUGCCCCGGGGCCCGCUGGGCUGAGUGGGGGAGAGUCCUUACUUGUCAGACAGAUCGAGGAACAGAUUAAAAGGAACGCUGGGAAGGAGACGAAGGACCGGAUGAGCAGCUCGGUGAUCGACAAAAUCCCCUUCCUCCAGAACUGCGAGGAUGAGGACAGUGAUGAAGAGGAGGAUCAGGAGGGCCUUCCUCUUGAGACCCAGCGGCAGCACAAGAAACAGCGAGUAAAGCUUGCCACGAAGCCCCUGAUGCCGGAGGUGGAAGACGAGGACGACGACGAAGACUCGGAGGACGCCUUGAAUGAAUUUGACUUCCUGGGCUCUGGGGAGAACGGCGAGGGCUCGGGGGACGCCCGGCGCUCUGGAGAUGGCACUGAGCUCGAGAGCCAGAGAGUUAAGCUUCAAGGCAUACUUGCUGACCUCCGGGACGUCGAUGGGCUCCCUCCUAAACCAUCCAUUCCAUCUGCCAUCUCCAGUCACCUCAGGUCUCACGAAGGGUCGCUUGGCUUCUCCUCGGACGUGUUUAUCAUGGACACCAUUGGCGGAGGGGAAGUGAGUCUGGGGGACCUGGCGGACCUGACCGUCGCCAACGACAACGAGCUCAGUUGUGACCUGUCGGACGGCAAGGACGCCUUUAAGAAGACCUGGAAUCCCAAGUUCACCCUCCGGAGUCACUACGACGGGAUCCGGGCCCUGGUUUUCCAUCACACCGAGUCCGCGCUGGUCACCGCCUCGGAAGACGGCACGCUGAAGCUGUGGAACCUCCAGAAGACCGUCGCUGCCAAAAAGAACGCCGCGUUGGAUGUUGAGCCGGUCUACGCCUUCCGGGCACACAGGGGCCCGGUGCUCUCCGUCGCCAUGGGCUGUAACAGCGAGUACUGCUACAGUGGAGGGACGGACACCAGGAUCCGCUUCUGGAAGGUCCCGGAUUUGGGCAUGGAUCCUUACGACAGUUAUGAUCCAGGAGUCCUCAGCAACGUGCUGGAAGGCCACACCGAUGCGAUCUGGGGCCUGGCGUUCAACGCUUCAAAGAAUCGCCUGGCGUCGUGUUCAGCAGACGGCACGGUCAGGAUAUGGGACCCUAGCGGGAACCCGCCCUGCCUCAGCACCUACAACACAGAGCGUGAGUACGGGAUCCCAACCUCUGUUGUGUUCGCCAGCACGGACCCCUCCCAUGUUGUGGCCGCCUUCCGAACGGGGAAUACGGUGCUGUAUGACCUGGAGACCGCCCGGCCCAUCCUGACGCUAAGCUGGAAAGGCGCGGUUGGCUUCUGUCAGAUCAAUCACGUCGUGAGCCACCCGAAGCAGCCCGUCACCAUCACGGCCCACGACGACCGAGGGAUCCGCUUCUUGGACAACCGGACAGGGAAAGCCGUCCACUCCAUGGUCGCUCACUUGGACGCUGUCACCUGCCUGGCCGUGGACCCCAACGGGGUCUUCCUCAUGUCGGGAAGCCACGACUGCUCGCUGCGCCUCUGAAACCUGGACAACAAGACGUGCGUGCAGGAGAUCACGGCCCACCGCAAGAAGCACGAGGAGGCCAUCCACGCCGUGGCCUUCCACCCCAGCAAGCCCCUGAUCGCCAGUGCCGGGGCCGACGCCCUGGCCAAGGUCUUUGUGUGAGCAGCGGAGGAUCCCACAGGUGGGUCCCCAGGACUCUCCAGAGGUGCUAACCCUGUCUGGCGAGGCGCAAUCCCCCCCACCUCCCCACAGCUCAGGACCUGCUGCCAAGGGGCGGCUCUUCGCAUCCAGUGGAGUGGCGAGGACACGCGUGGCUGGGGAGGGCAGGAGGGCAGCCCCGUGUGCGCCCCUCCUUGUGCCCGCAGGGCCCAGCAGCCAGACUGAAAUAUUCUCCGCUGGUUUCAAGGUCGCUCGUUUUAUUUCCCAGCCAACGAGCGGAAAGUGUUUAGGGCCAGGCACGGCUAACGGUGGGGAGGGACAGGCCCCACUGUUCCAUGACGUUGGGCACCUCUCCCUGGCCAAGCACCAGGGCCGUCCUUGCUGCCCCUAACUCACCUAGGCCGGGCUCUGCCAGGCCACAAAGUAACCCCCCAGACCGCAUGGUUCCCAGGCCCUCCAGAGCUGUCUCCUGCCUCCCGGAGCUGUGCUCUGCCGGCCCCCAGCCCAGCUGCUGCACUAGCUCUCGUCCCUCGUGUGCGGGGCUGGGGGCAGGCUUAGCGAGCACGGGAGAGCCGGGGGGGCACUGAGUGGAAGAGGGGGCCAGCUGGGCGGUUGCCCAGAGGGACCGGGGGUAAGAGGCCCUGUUGGGUUGCGUGGGCCAGGCCUGGAGCAAGGCAGUUCCCAGGGAGGAGGGUUACAGCGGAGGGGCGUCUGAUCUGGAGCAUUAGUCUCUAGGGCUGCUGCUGCCCUCAGCCCAGCUGUGCAGGCCUGCUGGCCUCCCAUGGCUGAGCUCCUCCUGGCCCUGGCCUACUUGGCGCUGCCCUGGAUCUCCGCUCCAGCGGGUCCUGGGAGGCAGCCCUCGGCCUCCUCCGUUCUCGUAGCAAUAAUCCCUUCCCGGCUGGGGCGGGGGUCUGCGUGUGACACUACUGCUCCCUUGGCACAGGGGUGCGCGUGCCUGCCCUGUGCCGGGGGGGCCUGCUCAUCCAUGCACGGUUCUCCAGCCCUCCUACUGCAGCCUUGUGCUCAGCCGGGCUCCUGGAGGGCUCCCCCCAGAACACUACACCCCCAUGCUGGUUCCUUGUCAGCACUGGACACGAGCAGGCUGGGGUGGUACCCGGGGGCUGCUCCGGUCACACACAUGCCCUCAGUAAGCCAGUGCCAGCCGGCUGCACGUUCCUCUGGGCAAGGGGGGGGGGGACAGCCCUGCAUGGAGCCCCCAGUGCUCAGCUGGUUUGGGGUAGAAUCCCCCUCGCCCGCAAUAAAAACCAUGUUGCUGGGGCUGAAACAGCUUCCCUCCCGCCCUCAGCCAGCGACCUACGCUCUGCCUCUAGGCUCUGCCACGGGCCACCCCCAGCUGCAUCUACCCAGGGCGAGUGUGUGUGGGGGGGGAAUGUGAAGUAGCAGUCGUCGUCCCCCCAAUCACUAAUCCACCACUCCCACUGAGGGGACGGUUUAGCCUGCGGGGCAGUGGGGCCUAAUGGUUAGGGUCUGCUGCGAGUCAGGACUCCUGGGUUCUGUUCCCAGCUCUGGGAGGGGAAUGGGAUCUAACGGGGCAGGGCUCUCCUGCGUUCUGCUCCCACUCCAGCUGUCCUGGGGGGCUGCAACUCUUCCUCUCCGGCCCCUGUGUGCAAAGUGCAUGGUGCUGCUGCGUGUUCCCCUCACCGCCUCAGGAACCACCUCCCACGUCUCAGCAAGGGCAGCUUCCACACGUGGGCCGGGCCCCGCCCUGUCCACCCCCCUGAGGUGGAGCAGGAGGGCCCCAGAGCCUGUGCCAUGCAGAAUCCCAUGACAACACAGAGGAGGGGGGAACUAAAGCUCAAUUGGGUGGCAGGGCUUUUCCAAACCUUUCCACGGCGGCGCGGGUGGGGGCUGAUUCCACCAUGGCCGCAGGGGUGCAGGUCCCUGCGUCCUGUCGGUAUCCAGUGCCCUCUCUUCUUCCUUUCAUCUUAUCACCUGUAACAAAGAAAAUCUCCUUGUAUAUUCUGUACAAACGAAAUCCGAUGGAAACCGAACCCAGAGACACCUCAAGGGCUGACGCUAACGUGACCACAAACCAUGUUAUCACUGUGUGAUAGUCUACUGCUGGCAUUUUCAAUCCGGCUAGCGCGGGCCGGCUGCCAGCUCUGGAGACUAGCCGCCCUCUGGCAGUCCGGCCGUGUCAAGGCGGGGGAGCGCCCCAUGAAAUCGAGUCGCUAGCCGCUCUUGAAAACCUCGGCCUACGCCCCCAAUAUACUGUAUGUAUCUGUGUGCUGUAUUUAUCCAAACUGAGAGCACUCGCCUUUUUAAUGCCGUUGAACUUUUUAUUGUAUAUUUAUUUGACCUCUUUGGGUUUUUUUUGUCCUGUUUUAAUCACAAGACUGAAUCGUAUGUGAAAAAUCUGCCUCAAUAAACCCCCCUUUGGAAUAAGAAGCAAG